CUUGCCUGUACAGGGGCAGCUGCUGCAGAAAAUGGAGAAGCUGUGAGGGUGCUCUGUAUGUGUUUCAGUUGAUGCUGGCCUGGAUGCAGCCACACGUCCCUACAUGAGGGCCACUCUUGUGAAUUCCUGGCAUCCAGGAAGCAGUCAGCUUAAAUAUAGUCACGGGUCACAUCCUCACUCUGCUUCUCCCUUUGCAGAAUUUACCACUCGUUGUGCAGAAAUACUGGCCACCGCCACAACUGCGGUUUUUCCUUCUGAGAAAACACCACAGUGUUCAUCAAUUACAUGUUACUCAUCCAUCACAGUACCGUGGCUGCUGCCGAGCCCCUUCACAGACCCUCUUGAAAUCCAGCCAGCUGAUGUUUCUGUGGCUCCUGCUCCUUUCCAGGGUAGGCAGGAGGCGGACACCUGUGCUGUGGCCACAAAUCAGGGACAUGAUCUGGCUCAUCUUGGUCUGUCCAUUGCGUGUGUCCAGGGAUAAUUUUCCUCUUGUACCAAUUUCGUUAAACACUGCCAGCAAUGCUGUUGGAUUCCCCAGUCCUGGAAGAGCACCGGCUGAAUGCUCCAGCUCCAUCUUUUCCACAGUGCAGCUCUGGGGAAAGUUGCUUUCACUUCUCUUGUUUUUUCCCAGCUCUAAAAAGCAGGAUCAUUUUAAAGCCAGGAACUUCAGAAAGAUUUUCAGAUGAUUUUUAUGCCUCCACAGCAGUUUGCAUAGGUGACCAGUCAUCUCUCCUGAUAUGCCUUUCCCACCAUUUUUUCCAAGAGACUCCCACCACAACCCAGCAAGACCAGUCCUUGUUUAGGUUCCUUGUAAUAACUCUCUGCAAGGAAAUUGAAAACUCUGAAAGGAUCGAAUAAAAAUCAGUUUUGAGGCCAUCUCCUCUUUCACUGCCGUGACAGCAAGGCGCUCAUUCUUUCCGUAGGACUUUGGGAAUAGCUCAUGGAAGUUGUCUCUGGCCUCUCUGUGACCCUUGUGUCCGGGGAGUUAAGCUCUUUAAUUGUCCCCUGGACAAGCUCUUCACAAGACUUUUGGACCUAUGUCAGAGGAAAAACUGAGAUUUUCAAGGAGAGAUGCGCAGCUUGAGUUUGAGUGGAAGACCUUUUUUUUUUAAUUUACCAUUUUAUUGCUGUAUAAAAUGCUGAUGUGAUUUGAGAGCUCCAAAUUACAACAUUAUCACGCAACCACAUCUCUUUUCUUCUGCCCUCUUCCUUCCUCCUUGCCUCGCCGCAUGUCCCGUUCCCCUUUUGCUUCCCGACUGGUGACUUGGCCAACUUCAUUCAGGGCAAAGCCCCCGUUCCACCAACACUGGAGGGCACGGGGUGCUUCUGUGGCCAUCCUGGGUGUGUUUCUCACCUGGCAAGCGUGGAAUUUGAAAGAGCUGAGUGGAAACAUAGAGCAGAGAGGUAGUGAUUUUUUUUCCACGGCAUGGUGUGAGGCGUUUUCACUGAUGAGAGAGGCAGCAAAAAUAGCAUGGGGAAAAUAUAGCCCCAAGAAAGAAAUAUGUAAAUGUCUGAGUACACUAAAAACCCCCCUGCUUAGUCAGGGGCUUGUGCUCUGCUUUUAUUCUGGGGUUUUUUUUGUGGCUGAGGGGGAAUGAAGGGUGAUGUGGGUAGAAACCCACAAGAAACAAGGCGUGGGGGAGAUCGUGUGGGGAAUCCAAACGUUGCACUCCGUCCCAAUGGCUGGUUUUAAUUAAUAAUAUUGGCAAUUGAGCUUCUGGGCUGGCUGUGGGGAGCAUCUGAGAAAUGACAUCACCUGUCUCUGUGCUCCGCCGGCCGGGUGUGACUGCCGAGGUGUGAAUUUCGUGCCUGUGUCGGAGCGUGACCCUCCCCAAUAAAUAGGGGUGUUUGUGCGCCUAGUUCCGCAGAGCAUCUCCGGGGCUGAGCCUUCCCUGAGGAUGGGAGCGCCGGCUGGGGUGGGGACGGGAGCCCCCCUGCUCCCAUGGCUGCUGCUGCUGCUGCUGCUGGUGAUGUCCCACUCUGUCCCCGCAGCCAUCCUGGAGGUGAACGGGAACCUGAGCUGUAGGUGUGCCAAGACAACCUCGGAAUACAUCAGUCCCAAGAAAUACGAGAGCAUUGAGAUAAGGCCUGUGGGCAGCAGCUGCAGGCGCACGGAGAUCAUAAUUAAAUUAAGAACCUCAGGGAAGGUGUGUGUGAAUCCCGAAGCCCCUUGGGUAAAGAAGCUGCUGAAGCGCAUUGCCAGCACGAAGAAAAGAUAAGUUUCCUGCUAAGGAAGUUGCUGCCCAGAGCCCCGAGGCGGGCUGGCGGAUGAUGCCCAGGUGUGCAGACCUGGCUGCUCCUCACUUUGGCCUCGCUUCAUCCCCUUCCCGAAAGCCCCACAUCUGGCUCUGGUGGCAGUGGCAGUGGGGAGGGUGGCUCACUGCUGGCCCAAGCCCCAUGGCAAGUUUGUGGGGGUGUUUUCCCCUGCUCUUGGUCCCUGGAUCAGUGUGAAUAUGGAUCCUUCAUUUAUUUAGCUGCCUAUGGACUGUGAAGCCGUUCCCUGUCAGGGGCUGCUCCUGCUUCUUUAGGAAUGACUUCGUGACUCUUUCCAUGUGAAGUGCUCAGUGACAAUGUGUGUGUCUGGGGGUUGUGUAGCACAGUGUGGCAUGUCCUGUCCCGAGAGCUCAAGCCCAAUAAAAUUCAGGAUUUUUCCUUCUGUUUUAUUUUCCCUGGA